AUGACCACCUCUACCAACAAGCUGAUAAGUCCUUCCUGUAUUGGCCACUUCGGCUUGCGCACCACCCCCGACAAAUUUGAGGAGAUGGUGAAAUGGCACCUGAAUUUUUUUGGUGGUACUAUCACUCUCCGCAACCAAAAGGCUGCUUUCAUCGCCUACGAUGAUGAGCACCAUCGUCUAGUCAUCGUCAACGACCCGAGCCACAGGCACAUUUCGGACCGGAAGACUGCCGUGGGAAUAUAUCACAUUGCGUUUACACUAGACAGUCUCUCCGAUUUAGUGAAGAGCUACGAACAGAAAAAGUCACUAGGGAUCCUGCCGCAUUGGCCUGUGAACCACGGCAUGAGCACGAGCAUGUACUACUUUGACCCGGAUGGAAACGAAUUUGAGUUACAGGUGGAUAAUUUUCCGACCCGGAAGGAAGCAAUGGAGUUCAUGGCGAGUGAGGAAUACGCGCAGAAUCCGAUUGGGGUGGAUAUUGACGUGGAUGAGUUCAUCCGGAGGGUACGCAGUGGCGAGGACGAGGCAGAGAUUAAGAAGCGGCCGAUGAUUGGACAGCGCUUGUCUCGCUGGGAGAAUUCGAUCUAUUUCAAGGAGUGA